UUCUCUGGAAGCGGAGCCCUAUAACAAUACCCAGCGCCCGACUUGCAAAUCAGGUUCGGCUGCUUGGCUUGGGAGAAGUUCCCUCUGCUGGCGGGAUAAACGGCUCCACCCCGCUGUUGAAAUGUGAUACAAGUUGUAACGAAGCCGGAAGUCGGGCCGCCGCCUCGCUCCCCAAGAUGGCGGGGCCCGGACUCAUGGCUCGCGCCGCUCUCCUCCUGUUGCACGUCUCUCUUGUGGCUAAUUACCCCGGGGGAAAAGUCACUGAGUCCUGUCACGAUAUGAUUCCUCGGCACGGCCACACCCCCCACCCCGAUCCUGUGCACAGCCUUGCAGUGAGCCAGGCGACCUUCACGCCGGGGGAUCACGUCAAAGUCACGCUGUCGGGGCCGGAGUUCAGAGGCUUCCUCUUGGAGGCACGGAACGCGGAGGAUUUGAACGGCCCUCCUGUUGGCUCCUUCACGCUGGUUGACAGUCAAGUGUCACAGCUCCUGACUUGUGCAGAUGUCCAGGGAUCAGCUGUGAGCCACACAAAUCCACACAAAAAAACAAAAAUUGAGGUCUACUGGAAUGCUCCACAGAGUGCCCCAAAUCACGUACAGUUUCUAGUCACGGUUGUUGAGAAGUAUAAAACCUACUGGGUGAAGAUUCCUAGUCCUGUAAUUUCACAGCCAAACGCACUUCCUUUUUCAACACCUGAGGCUACGGGAGCACCUUUGUCAACCUUCCCUCCAGUCUCCCACUUAACCACACCGUUCAGUGCCUCGGACUGCGGGAACAAGAAGUUCUGUGUUCGGAGUCCUGCGGCCUGUGACCCGGAGAAGGAGCGAGCCUGCGUCUUCCUGUCCUUCACACGAGAUGACCAGUCAGUGGUGGUUGAACUGAGCGGUCCCAGCAAAGGCUACCUGUCCUUUGCGUUUUCCCGCGACAGAUGGAUGGGCGACGAUGAUGCUUACCUGUGCGUUCUCGAAGAGCAGACGGUGCACAUCCGACCCUCCCACCUGACGGGGCGGAGCCACCCUGUGAUGGACUCCUGGGAUACUCUUGAGGAUAUGGCUUGGAGGCUGGAGGAUGGUGUUAUGCAAUGUUCUUUCAGAAGAAACAUUACCCUUCGUGGGGCAGAGAAUAGAUUUGAUCUCAACACAAGCUACUACGUAUUUCUAGCUUCCGGUGCAGCUGAGGAAGGCCGAAUUUAUAGGCAUUCCCAGCAACCGCUGAUUACGGACGGCAAAUAUGACGUGACGGAUCACCCGGAGGACGUGGGAGGGUCCCGGUCUCCGCUCCUUCUGAAGGCGCAUGGCGCCCUGAUGUUGGUGGCCUGGAUGACUACCGUUAGCGUAGGCGUCAUCGUCGCCCGGUUCUUCAAGCCUGUGUUGUCAAAUCCUCUCUUUGGUGAAUCGGCUUGGUUUCAGGUGCACCGAACGCUCAUGCUCACCGCGUUGGCCAUCACCGGCAUCGCUUUUGUCCUGCCCUUCCUCUACCGGGGAGGCUGGAGCCGGCAUGCAGGCUGUCACCCCUACCUGGGCUGCACUCUGAUGACCAUGGCCGCCCUGCAGGCCCUGCUGGCCGGCUUCCGGCCCCCUCGGCACCACCCCAGAAGACGCCUGUUUAACUGGGCUCACUGGGGGAUGGGAACGGCUGCUCGAAUCGUAGCAGUGGCAGCGAUGUUCCUGGGGAUGGAUCUACCGGGGCUAAGUCUCCCUGGCCCCUGGAAAACCUAUACGAUGCUGGGGUUUGUCGCUUGGCACGUGGGGACUGAGAUCGUCCUGGAGAUACACGCUUAUCGACUCUCUCAGAAAGUUGAGAUACUGGAUGAUACCCGGAUUCAGAUCAUUGAGCCGUUCACCAUCGCUGAUGCGGAAGGCCACGCUUUUAAAAAGGCGGUGUUAGUGAUCUACGUCUGCGGGAACGUCACCUUCCUCAUCAUAUUCCUGGCCGCCAUCAGCCGUCUGUGAGCACGCAGAGGCCUCGCCGCCGCCCACCAGGUGAUCACGGCCACCAAGCCCGAGGAGCCCUGGCCCGCCAACCGCCCCGGGCGGACCCGGGGACUCUAACCUGGAAGAGCAGCGCGCGUCUCCGCGGCUCUGAAGUCUGGUCUUUAGAGGUCGGCGCUCAGCAGGCCCCUCUGGACUACACAGGGGUGUCAGUUCAGCCUUCACGUGUCAUUCUGGGUCCCGAAGGGACCGUCCAGGAGAAGCGACCCUCCAGUAUUUCCACGCUGAGUCCUUAAGAGUGUGAGCAUUGAAGGAUGUGAACAGGACUGUUUGGAAAACAAAGGAUGGCACUAGGAGAAAAGAAUAGAGUAAAUAUGCCCCGGGCUCCGAAAGUGCUGUGGUACUUCGAAGUCCGCGUCUGUUUUUACUAGCGUAUCUCAAUGGUCUUUUUUUAAGGACUUUUUGGGAAACUAUGUUUUCCAGUCCAUUUUUGGGAGAACAUCCCUUGCUCUCUCUGUUUUCUUCUCUGGUAAAGGUGGAAAUGGGGCCGAUCCCAUGGCAGGUUUUGUUAACAUUUAAACAUCUUAUGGAGAUGAUCAUUUCUUUCUGAGUUAUGAAAUGGGAGUGUGCAUCUUCCUCUUCAAAGCUGUUUUUAUAUAUUCAGCAACAGAGCUGAAGCAGCAUUUUAUGCGUCCAUUGUUUUGACAUAUAAAAUUUGAGUCCCAUAGCCUUUGGAGAUUGUCAACUUGCAUUUCAAAAUUAAUAAAAUUCACCCUUGUGGACAUAUCUAAAUUACCCUAUUUCUUUGUGGUAAUAAGAUAUGGGCGGUUCUGUUCUGCCAGAAGUUCAUGAUGCGCUGAUGAAUGAGAAUAAUCAGUGUUUAUUUCCUUAUUGCAACAACUGGUUAUGUGGCUGGGUCUCACACCUGCUAUGAGGACUUCAGGCCAGUGGGUGGCGCCAUAAUACCGACGUUCUGCUUUGCGCUGCUCCUCGUCCUGAGGUUCAUUGUCAGAGCUCAGGAAACGUCAGGGGACAGUGUGUGCCUUAAAAUAAAUACACUCACUCAAACUUUAUUUGAAAAUAAA